AUGGCACCGUUUGCCGCCGAAGAUAUUAUCAUGGUAUUCUGCAUGUCCACCUGUGCGACCUUCGCUGAGCUCAUGAAGAACAGUGGGCAGGUUAAAAGUCUGGUAUUCGGUGGUCGACCCCACAAUGGACCAAUGCAAGCCAUUGGAGGUACCAAGGGCGAGGAGGACAUCUCUAGUGGCAUGCUUCCCCUGCUGUAUCAAGAAGCCCUGGAUGCGGCAACCAAUGCCACUCAAGAGGGCAAUCCCACUCUCACUGACGCGCAACCGAAGCGCCUUAAGGAGAUCACACUCGCAGCUAAUGAACAAGGUCCUUUGACAGGACUUGAGACGAUCAGUGUCAACUUCCUCAAUGGCUACCGGCCUGGCCAGGAGCAUAUGCCUCUCCAGUUCAUCUAUGAGCCAGCCGAUUACCGUCUUUUCUAUACCUGGGAAACCCUCUCCCACCUUGCCACAGCUUGGGCAGCGGCAGCCAGGACAGUCUGGGGCAAUGGUCUGUUGGUUAAUAGGAUGUCCUCACACGCCUCUCAGCACCACCGCAGAGCGCAUUUGCAUGCUUGA